GGCCCAGUCCCGGCGAACUUCUACUGCGCAGGCGCCAAGCACAGACAAUGAAAAGGGGUUGUGUGGGGGGUCUCACCCACAGGCCUCGCCAGCUGCCGACUGCGCAGGCGUACACCAAAGACCUGCUUCAACAAUGAAGAGGACUGGGCUUUAGCUGGGACCGCAACCCGCAAGGACUACAUUUCCCAGCGGGCAGUGCGUCAACUUCUCCAAACUGAGGUCGGGUGGCCAGCUGGGUGUGCUAAAAUUUGUAGUGUCAGCCGCCUUCACAAUUUAGGCUAUUUGGGAGAUUCAGAGCCUCUUUUUCCUGAGAAUUUACUUGGCGGUGUUGGCAAAAGUUGCGGCUGAAGAGUGUAGAAUUUAUUUGCGUUCUUGAGACGCCUCAAGGGUCAACUGCAUUCUAGCGAACUUAAAAGAAUCAAGGCGUUCAGUGAGUGCUUUCUGUCAGUUAGAUGGUCCAAACACACGAUGGGAUGGAGGCAGGACCAAGCCAGGCAGCGCUUCAGAAAUGGGCGGAGCCUCCAAGCGGUCUCUUGGCGACCAGAUCUGGCAGCCAAACUGCUGAAGCGUGAGUUUGGAGCGCGUUGCCCUCUGGGAAUUGUAGUUUGUUUGGGAGGGCGCCUGGGAACUUGAGACAGUAAUCCCGGAACACGAGGACUACAGUUUCCGAGCUCCACCACAAGGGCCCGUGGGUGGGAAGAGGCCCGGCUAGCUGCGUCUGGAAUUCCGCGCUCCGGGUUGACAGCAGCGGCAGGAAGCGGGUGGGCGCCUGUGGGGCGCUGGGGCCUCUUAUUCUCGGAGAGGAGAACCCUGGACACUACCCCACGCAACUCCCGUCUCUGGGCUCCGAGUGUGUGCAUGGCGAAAUCUCCGGAGAACUCUACUCUGGAGGAGAUUCUGGGGCAGUAUCAACGGAGUCUCCGGGAACGUGCGAAUAGAAGCAUCCACCAAUUGAAAAGUGCCCUGAGAGAAGGUGAUGUCACUAUCGGAGAAGAUGUCUUGGAUCCUUCGUUUGGUACCCAUGUGGGAAAUGAGGAUGCUGGGACUGCCUGGCGCGAACUGCAACACAGCCAUGCCGUUAAUCAGCUCAAAGCCUUGUUGCGCCAACAAGCAACUGAGGAAAGUGAGGUAUCUCCAAGAAGACGAAAAAUGUCCCCUUCGAGGUCACCAGAACAUGAGGAAACCAAUAUGCCUACUGUACACAAUCUUGUUCCUAUCAUCAAUGACCAGUCUCAAUACAUUCAUCAUUUAGAGGCGGAAGUCAAGUUCUGCAAGGAGGAACUCUCUGGAAUGAAAAAUCGGGUACAAGUAGUUGUGCUUGAAAACGAGAGGCUCCAACAAGAGCUGAAAUCGCAAAAAGAAGAGGAGGAAACAAUGAGGGAACAAACGCUUCUGGAUGCCUCUGGAAAUGUGCAGAAUUCUUGGAUUACACCAGAUGUAGAUUCUAGGGUAGAUGAAGCUGCCAGAAGAUCACUUUCCCAUGGCAAUACAAAUGUUAUCAAUGCUGCAUGUGCUGGUGAGGCUGAAAAAUGGAAGCUAGAACUGGAGAGACUAAAACUUACUUAUGAAGAAAAGAGUGAAAUCCUGGAAUCUCAAUUGAGGUUUUUGAGGAAAGAGUUAGCUGAAUCGCAGAAAGAUUGUGAAGAUCUUAAAGAGCGAUUAAAGCACAAAGAGUCUCUUCUUGCAGCUAAUGUUUCUCACCGUGUUGGUGGUCUUUGUUUGAAGUGUGCUCAGCAUGAAGCUGUUCUUUCUCAAACCCACAGUAAUGUGCACAUACAGACCAUUGAAAGACUGACUAAAGAACGAGAUGACUUGAUGUCUGCACUAGUUUCUGUAAGGAGCAGCUUGACGGAUGUGCAGCAAAGAGAAGCGAGUGCUUUUGAGCAGGUGAAACAAGCUGUGCAAAUGACCGAGGAAGCCAAUUUUGAAAAAACCAAGGCUUUAAUCCAGUGCGAACAGUUGAAGAAUGAACUAGAGAGGCAGACAGAACGACUUGAGAAAGAACUUGCAUCUCAGCAAGAAAAAAGGACCUUUGAGAAAGAGAUGAUGAAAAAAGAAAUGACAAAAGAAAGAGAGGACAUGAGAUCAAAGAUGUUGACCCUAUCUCAGAAUAUUGCCCAACUGGAGACCCAGGUGGAAAAGGCUACAAGAGAGAAAAUUUCAGCUGUUAAUCAACUAGAAGAAAUUCAAAACCAGCUUGCUUCCCAGGAAAUGGAUGUCACAAAGGUGUGUGGAGAAAUGCGCUAUCAACUGAAUAAAAUCAAAAUGGAAAAGGAUGAUGCAGAAAAGGAGCACAGAGAGUACAGAACAAAAACAAAAAGGGAUCUUGAAAUUAAAGAUCAGGAAAUCGAGAAAUUGAGAUUAGAAGUGAGUGAAAGCAAGCAGCGCUUGGAGCAGGAGCAGCAGAAGGCAACCCAGGCCAGGGAGGAGUGCCUGAAACUGACAGAACUGCUGGGCGAAUCUGAGCACCAACUGCACCUCACCAGACUGGAAAAAGAUAGCAUUCAGCAGAGCUUUAGCAACGAAGCGAAGGCCCAAGCCCUUCAGGCCCAGCAAAGAGAGCAGGAGCUGACACAGAAGAUACAGCAAAUGGAAGCCCAGCAUGACAAAACUGAAAGUGAACAAUAUUCCUUGCUGACCUCCCAGAAUACAUUUUUGAUCAAGUUAAAGGAAGAGUGCUGUACAUUAGCCAAGAAACUGGAACAAAUCUCACAGAAAAGCAGAUCUGAAAUAGCUCAGCUCAGUCAAGAAAAAAGGUACACCUAUGACAAACUGGAAAAGUUACAGAGAAGAAAUGACGAAUUGGAGGAACAGUGUGUUCAGCAUGGCCAGCUACAUGAGAUAAUGAAGCAAAGGCUGAAGCAACUAGACAAGCACGGCCAGGCCACAGCCCAGCAGCUGGUGCAGCUCCUCAACAAGCAGAACCAGCUUCUGCAGGAAAGACAGAGCCUGUCGGAAGAGGUGGGACGCCUGCGAGCCCAGGACUCUUGAAGAGAGCUGGAAAAUGAGCUCAAGACACAAAGACAGAUGACAACGGAGGGAGAAAAAGCCCGCUUGUGACCCGGAGCAAAGGGAGGAGGGGGCCUCAGAGCCGGGGGCUCCAGGGAGGGCCCCACGCUGGGGGGCUGCACCUGCGGACCAAGCUGUGGGUCGCCCAGCUGGGACUUGGACGUGAGGGGAGUGUGGUGGUCCUUCCCUGAACCCCGGGGGCUUCGCCCAGUUAAUUUCGGCGCUUCUACGAAGCUAGCUACCUGCAAGACAGAUGGUGCCUGAAUAGAACAGCAAAUACACUGAAUAAAAUAAAUUAAAAAGCCUCCUCCUGAACCAAGAUUUUUUGGAAAGAAUUCUAAAUAGAUGAAAACAAACAAUUUGAUUUCAACCAAAUUGUUGUUUUUUUGUUUUUAUCCUGAUUUUCACCCGAAUUGUCAGUCUCAAAAAUAAACACUGAUACAUUCCCAGAAAAUAUUUUUCAAAUAAAAACUGACUCUGUUAAAGUUUGCCCUGAUUCUUUCAAAACUGUGUACAAGACACUGUCAACCAAAGUGACUUGCAUAUUUUUUUAAAUAAACUUGAACAUAUGCAGCUAAAAUGUCAUUAACUCCCUGCUGCCUGCGUGUUGUUAGGGUGUGACGUAAGACCCCCCCGGGGGGGCACUUCUAACCCAGGGGGUCUUGCGACCCCCAGAGAAACAUCCCCAAGUAACUCAAAUAGCAGCGUUUCACCUCUUCUUGUUUUGACUACAGGCCCCGUGCGUGAUUAAUAUCGAGAAGCACGUAUGGCUUCGCUCAAGCCAGACUUGCUCUUCUGCUAAUUCACUUUGUCCAAGAGCGAAUAAUUUCAGAGUAAGCCUCACGAAGGAGAGAUAAAUUGAAUUUUACAUUGCUUCGGCUCCGUUUGCUCCACUUAUUCCUUCCCGAGUCAGACAUUACAUUUUGCAAUAUAAAUUCACAAUCAAGAUUUUAAAGGGAGCUAAAUAUUUUAAUCCAAUUAGACAAGUGAACAAAACACUGAAUAUUACAUGUGGUGUAGAUAAGUGGUUCUGCCUUUAAAAGACUGUAAUCCCGUCACACCACAACCCCGAAUGUCAAUGUUGUCUUUAUUUUUAACGCUUUCAAACACGAGGCAGCCAGAGGCUCCACUCUCUGCUGUUGGUGACACUGUCUGUCCUUUGGGAAUUCUUAAAAUCUAUUUACCAUGUUUUCAUGGUUCGAAUCAAACACAGGCCCCAGCCCGGGUGCAGGGACGUUCUUAUGACUCAUGGGAUUCGCGAAGGCUGGAAGAGGACGGACUGGAUCCUGCGGUCAUGGAAGGAGCCCCGUGUCCGAGCGUGUCCUGGGGAGGAGGCGGCCGGCAGGUGCCAGCCCCUCCCCUCUGUCACUCUGAGGACUCCGAGCCUUUGUCCUCCAGGCUGACCGCCCCGUCUGUGCACAGGGCUCCCUGCCUCCCCCAGAAGCGGGUCCCAGGUCCAGCUCGAGAUGCUCUUUUCCAGGAAGCCACUGUCCUCACCUUUUUUCUGUAGGGAAGUCUGCUGCCUCCACCUUGGCAUUUUUCUGGCUGCUGCUGCUUUUUUU